CAAAAACCUCUAAUAAGUAUUUUAAUAAGAGGGGAGGAUAUGGCCACAACGCUCUGCAUGCUAGCGUGAGCGUGAGAAAAGCCAAUUCAGCUACUACCGACGGACAAGGGAUGGAUACAAUUCAACUGAUGAAAGCAGCCACCACUGGUGAUGUUGAAGCAAUGAGACGCAUGGACCCAGCCGUGCUGUCUGAAAGGACUCCAGCGGGGAACACCUGCCUCCACAUCGCCUCCAUCCAUGGCCACCAGGCGUUCUGCCAGGCCGUUCUGGACGUGGACAGCCAUUUCCUCCACCUCCUCGCCGCCGUCAACGCCGACGGGGAGACACCGCUGCUUGUCGCUGUGACAAGCGGGCAUAUCUCUUUGGCAUCCUUCUUUCUUCCGCUGUAUAAAGGCCCUGGACUGAGCGACGCACUCACGAAGCAGGACAAGCACGAAUGCAAUGCGCUGCACCAUGCCAUCCGCAGCGGCCAUAAUAAGGAGCUCGCGCUGCGCUUGAUAGCAGCAGCGCCUUCGUUGUCACGUGCUGCGAACAAGUAUGGCGAGUCGCCCAUGUUCAUAGCCGCUAUGAGAGAUUACCAAGACGACGUCUUGGACAGGCUACUGGAAAUUCCUGACUCUGCCGAUGGGGGAGCCGGUGGUAACAAUGCUCUUCAUGCUGCCGUAAGAAAUGGCAACUCAGGUAUUGCCAAGAAAAUUAUUCAGGCACGUCCUCAGCUAGCCCGAGAAGAAGAUGUGCACAACGAGACCCCAGUGCACCUCGCCGUACUUCGGGGCCAUGUGGAUGUCUUGAGAGUAUUGUUGGAGCACGACCAGACUUUAGGCUACCUUGUCUGCUCGGACGGCACUCCUCUCCUUAACAUUGCCGCACUUCGCGGCUAUGUUAGUGCCGCUCGAGAGAUCCUUGACCAUUGUCCAGAUACCCCGUAUGGAAAACAAAAUGGCUCGACAUGUCUCCACGUGGCUGUACAGAGUGAUGAGAUGGAGUUUGUCAAUUUUGUCCUGACCUCGCAGCAACUUCGUAAACUCGUUAACAUGCGAGAUCAGAAUGGGAUGACUGCGCUUCAUCACUCAGUCCGGAAGUGCAUGCCCAAGAUGCUCGCGGCUUUGCUGCGUCACCCCGACAUAGACGUCACAGUGCUUACCAACAAAGGAUCCCCGGCAACCUGGUUAUUCGAUGAUGCCAUCAAGAGCGCCAAGUCCUUACAGUGGAAUGAAGUGUCCAUGAUGUUGCUGAAUGCUGACCCCAAAAGAGCCACAAAUAUUUAUAAUCUUCAUAAGGAAAUAAAGGAUAAAAUAACUGAUGAGUCAAGGAAGAUUGUCAAAUCUUUGACGGAAACAUACACAAGAAACACUUCUAUAGUGGCAAUCCUCAUGGCGUCAAUCACCUUUACAGCAGCUUUAACAUUGUCUGGAUGGUACAGAAGUGAUGCCGCUGGAAGCCAGGGGCUUCCUAUCAUGGCAAAAAAGUUUGCAUUUCAAGCAUUCUUGAUCUCUGACACCUUGGCAAUGUGCUCCUCACUUUCUGUUGCCUUCAUAUGCGUCAUAGCAAGGUGGGAGGAUUUUGAGUUCUUGCUUUACUACAGAUCUAUGACAAACAAGAUUAUGUGGUUUGCAUACAUGGCAACCAGCACGGCAUUCGCAACUGGUUUAUACACAGUUUUGGCCCCACGUCUGCUACCAUUGGCUAUUGCGAUCUGCUGUCUUCCUGUUUUACUGCCCAUUUUGACCAUGCUGCUUGGUAGAUGGCCUGUCCUGAGGCUCCAGUUUAGGUUGGGUCGAUCAUUCAAGUCCGACCUUCUUGACAUGGUUUGAUCUCACCAGCUUGUGCUAUUUGUUCUAGCUAUUCGUUAUGUUCAUUAUCUUCUAAUAAUGUUAUGUAUGCUAAAUA